AUGGUACGUAACAACACCCCCAGCAACGACCACUCUCAAAAAGGCAGGCGGGGGAACCUCUACAUCCGGGACCUCACUCGUCUGAUCCAAAGCCCCAUCAGUCGCUGUCUGGAGCCCGAGCCCGAAGCAGCCUUGGGCGCCGCCACGCCGGGGCUGGUGAGGUGGGUGCCGCCGCGGGGCCCGCGCCCGGCCAGCUGUGCCGGCGGCUGGAUCGGCGGCAGCGAGGACACGAGCGCGGGCGGCAGCAGCAGCCGCAGUAGCAGCGACACCAUGGAUCUGUCCUUUAUGGCCGCGCAGCUGCCCAUGAUGGGCGGGGCCUUCAUGGACUCGCCGAACGAGGACUUCAGCACCGAGUACUCCCUCUUCAACUCCUCUAGCAACGUCCACGCAGCCGCCGGCGGCCAGCCCGAGGAGCCCUCCCGGUCCUCCCGCGACGCCAUUCUGCUCUGGAUUGCCAUCAUCGCCACGCUGGGGAACAUCGUGGUGGUGGGGGUGGUAUAUGCCUUCACCUUCUGAGGGACGGCCCCCCAGCCUUGUUCCCGAGUCCCCCUGACCCCCCGACCCCCCGUCUCCCCAAGUCCCCCCGACCCCCAGACACAAGGCCUCUGUGGGUGAGAUGUCCCACGUCCGGAAUGCCCCCAGUGGUCCUGGUUUCAGUCAGCCCCUCCUGGCCAGGCUCAAGCUGGCGUCCAGAUCCCCGGCUCUCCUUGGGACCAGGACCCCAAGACCAGCCUGGGGAGUCCUGGAAUGAGACCUGAUGGGGCAGCUGGUUAGUUUUGAAAAGGACCUGUGUUUAGCCAUCA